UAUUGUCACGAGGUGAGCUGAUUGAGGGCAGGAAGCCACUUUGUGUGUUGUACAGAAACGGCUCGUCCGCUGAUAACUCAAUACUACUUCAGGAGACAUAAAACGGAUCGCUGUUCUUCUUCAAACACCUCAGUAUCUGAUUGUGAUGCAGCCAGAAAGUAGUUCAGCAGGAAAUCUGCGUCCUCACUUUCUCGUCCUCGUUCAUGAACUUGGGGAGGGGUUCAUUGUUCCUGGGUACAGCUGACAAACACCUACCAACACAUAUGAACAGGGAGAAGAUGAUCUGCAGCAUCCUGCUGCUCUUCAUCCUGACCUCAUGUAUCUCUGGAACAUUUGUAGUGAAUGUGACACAGACCUCCUAUCAGGCAGAGGAGAACCACAACGUCACACUGGAGUGGACGUUCACAGCUAAAGCUGACAGGCCCAUCAACUCUUUUAUAAUCUUCUGUGAACUGUUUACCGAUCUCAAAGUCUCCGUCCUGUUUCUACUGCAUGAAGGUGUCGAGGUCCCAGAGUCUCAGGAUGAACAGUUUGCAGGACGAGUCCAGUGGGACAAAGACGUCCUCCGAGGAGGACGACUCAGACUCCACGUGUCCAGGCUCAGGACUGAGGACUCUGGUCGUUACGUGUGUCAAAUGAUCACAAAUUAUGUUGCCACUUUCUUUAAAUGCCGCCUCAAUGUCACUGCAGCGAGGGAUCGGCCCGAACCUGAUCUGUCUCCAACAGCAAGUCCGCUACAGCCAGAGAGUCAGGGAAGGAUCGGCAUCUGGAGUGGACUGAUACUGACGGCAGGAUUAGCUAGUGUGAUGAUCGCUUUUUACUUGUUGUUUCUUCACUCUCUGCUUAAAAAGCUAAUUUCCUUCAUUUACCCUCCGCAUUGCAAACAAGAGUUCAGUCCAGUUUGAUAGUGUCACAUUUUAUACCAUGGACACAGACAAAUAGUUUCUCAUUGGCUGGCAGUUUAUAAAAAAAACUUUGUACCAGGACACAUAAAACAUAACAGCAGGUAACCAUAGCAACAAUUGUGAUGCUUCACACAUGUGACAUCAGCAAAAAUGACCACAACCAAACUGUUAAAGUUGAUUGAAUGAUUGAAACACAUUCAUGGAAUAAGAGUCGGGCUGCGUCCCAAAUUCCAUACUAACAUGUUAUUUAGUAGCUAAAACAGUAUGUGAGACUUUUUAGUAUGUCCGAAACCUUAGUAUACACCAAUAGUGCGUGAAUUGCAUACUCUUUCUGGUAAAAUAUUACAUUAUGCAAUACUGGACACUACACCGGCAUAAAUAUCCCACAAUGCAAUGCGGUAGUAACAACAACGUUCAUAAAAGACAAACAGACAGAAACCAAGGAGCUCGGUAAUGUCAAUAACGCUCUAAUUUACAUUUCUACUUAUUUAAACCAUUGCUGGUCUAGUUAUUCUAGUUCUAGCUAUUCCCCUUUCAAUAAUUUAAGAAUUAUCUGGCGAUGCCGCUAGCACGGAGACCGGCAGGGGUUCCCAUGGUUACGUGUCUCCAACGGCAUGUAGGCGCUCAGGAAGUGACGUUGAAUAUUACAGCUUAGUGCGUCCAAAAAGAUCCACACUACUGUUUAUUUACCCCAAAGUAUGUUGAACGAUAGUAUACAUGUUAAGUAUGUAGUGCAGAGUAUGCGAUUUCGGACCCAACCUCAUAGUACUCAACGGAUAGGCAAACAUAAUAUGGAGGAAACAAUGCUCUAUGUCAUUGGACGUCUCAUCACUUAGACAGAUCUGAAGACUGCACUAUAUUCACUUUAUCGAAAUAUCUACCUUGUACAGUGUGUAAAGCUAAUCUUAAACAUUUAUCUGUUGUAUUUAAAGCUCUGAGACUUUUUAUAAUAUAUAUACUGUAUAUGUAUAUAUAUACGCAUAUAGAAAAAACUUGUGUCCUGAGAUAACUUCUGUUAUGAUUUGAUACUAUGAAUUUAAUUUAAUUAAUCAUUAAAAAGAUUACAAAAGUACAUUUUGUGUGGUAUUAAAACAAUCUAACAAAAACUCUUAUAUUGAAUGAAGAAACCCUGUACAAGCUACUGCAGUCUACUUGUAUUUAUUACAAUAUGCUAAAAUUGUUAACUAUACACAUUCUAUAUUACCCUCUGACUUGAAAACACUGAUUUUAUGCUGGAUCAUACUGAUGUCAGGAACUGACAAGAAUGAGGAAAUAAAAUGAGAGACACUUCUCUUUUAAAGGUGCUGUAGGUAGGAUUGCGAAGAUCCAGGACUUAGCCAAAAAAUGUGUUACAUCUGAAGCAGGGGAGUUAAAUCAAACACUCCUGCAUGGGUGGGAACUGCCCCUUUCAGGUGCAAUUAAUCACGCCAUUACAGGCUAUAUAUCUACAGACUUCCUCCCUUUUGCACUUUCUUCUACCCCAACCGUGAUGUGUGUGUGUCUCCUGUAAGUUGAUUUACUUCAAUGCUGUUUGUUAACGAAUGAUGUUUUAAACCACACACAUUCAAUCCUUCUGUAAAUAAAUGCCCUGCUUUAACUGCC